CACAACUUGAAAAAAGUAUAAAUUGUAAAGCCCGAUAAAACCAAUCUCUUUGACAUCGCACACAUUAAAAUUUCCCUUUUUCUGGUUUUAUCAUAAAUAAACAAAAAAAAAAUGGCAGAUUCACAGCGCAUGAUUCUCGAUCCUGCCAUUCGUGAUUGGGUUCUGAUACCCAUCAUGAUUGUCAUGGUGUUAGUGGGUGUACUUCGUCAUCACAUCACUAUGCUCAUCACAAGUGCACCCAAAACACCUCAAUUAAAAGCUAUUCGAGAGUCUAAAGCCUUGUUACGUGGUAUGCGUUUGAGAACGUUAGGUAAUAGUAUUCCUCAGCAUGCUUUUGCCAGUCGUAAAGCAUAUUUGGCCGAUGCGUUUGAAAAAGGAAAGUAUAUCAAGAACCCCGAAGCCAAUAAAGAGACCAGCACACCUGUGAACCCCAUGACCGAUCCCGAUAUGAUGGAAGGCAUGAUGGACGGCAUGAAGAAACAAUUAAUGAACAUGGUACCUCAAAUGGUCAUUAUGGGUUGGAUCAAUUUCUUUUUCCAAGGCUUCAUUGUCAUCAAGCUUCCUUUCCCUUUGACACCUCGUUUCAAGCAAAUGUUGCAAAGUGGUGUGGAUACUCGUGAUAUGGAUGUUACUUGGGUUUCUUCUCUUUCAUGGUAUUUCCUCAAUUUGUUUGGUCUCGGUAGUGUCUUUUCUUUAAUCUUGGGUGAUAACAAUGCGGCUGGUGUGGAUAUGACUGCCAUGAGUUCCAUGCCUGGUAUGAUGCCUGGUGCUGGUCAACCCGGUCAAGCUCCCGAUUUCAACAAACUCUUUUUGGCCGAAAAGGAAAAUAUCAUGAUUACACCUCAUGUUUGGGAUUUGGAGGAUGUCGAAGAAAGAUUAUUAAAAAAGUAUGGAAAGACCGUGACAAAGAAAAUUGAGCAAAAGAAGACCUCUCACACGACACCUAAUAAUGUGCGUGAUAAAAUCAAGCAAAAGAGUAGUGGUGGAUCCAACAAGCGUCGUUAAAUAAUAAACAUCAUAAUUUUUUAUUCUAUUUAUUUUAAGCUUUGGAUCUAGCCAAGCCGAUACGAGCAUUUCCAAAAUCAAAUACAGAAUAAAAACUUCUUAGAAAAGUAUCACCUAA